AUGGCCCAGGGCGGUAAGAUGGUGGAUCUGGAGAGUGGCCUGGUGGCAGUUGAGGCCACUGUGGCCGUGGAGGAGGAGGUGAAGAAGACGGGCACCUCGAUGUCGUUGUCGCCCUCGAGGGGCUGGAGGAUUUAUGUGGCUCUUCUGGCCAUCGGACUGUGUGCUGCUGCUGCCAUCUUCUUCUCUGUCCACGACCAGAAGCAAGACACCUCAACGGGCGAAACAGGAAAAAACAACCCGAGUUUCCCCAGCAAUACUGUGGAAUGGCAAAGUGUUGACGAGCUCUCUUACGUCGGCGAGGGGCUGGUGCUGCGCGAGAACCAGAUCAUCAUCCCCAGGAGAGGCCUGUAUUUCGUAUAUAGCCAAGUGUCCUUCGAAAUCAACUGCCAUGCCCCACUCUCCACUUCCACGUCGACCGAGCCGGAGACAUACCAUCUGGUCCAUGAGGUCUUCCGCAAGACCACCAAACUGCAAAAAAUGGUGACCCUGCUGAGUGCAUCGCGGUCAGGCUGCAAGCACCAACCCGCGGAAAAGGACAGCGGGAAGCGCUGGUACGGCACCAUCAACAUGGAAGCCAUUUUCCAGCUGGACAAGGAUGACUGUCUGGGCACAACAACACAUCCCAUCUCCCAUGUCGCUGAUGGGCAGGGGAAGACCUACUUUGGAGUCUUUGCUGUCUGA